UUUAUUUCUGACACCUGUUGCUGAGGACACCGCGCACACAGCCGUACACAACGAGGAGCGUGUGCCACCGUUUUUCAGACUUUAUUUCCACAUCUUUACAUAACAAGUUGGGACUUUUGUGGUGGGGGGGUACUGACAGGUCUGCGGAUCGCCGGAGACUGCGUUAUAUUCCUAUAAAAUCGGACAAGGACUUUGGUGAGGUUUUUUCCUCCGUGAAGGUGAUCGAGCAGUGAGAGGAAGUGUCCAAAAAAGUGACACUUUUUGGAAUCAACAAAGAAUUUUGUAUCUGUUAUCACACAGUGAGCGCUCUGCAGCAGGGUCCUGUAGGAUCAUUCAGAAGGGGUUUCCCUUUCAAUAAUAAAAAAAAACCAAACACCGAUCCGUCUAUCGUUUUCCAGCCGGACUCAGAGUCACACUUUUCGGACUUGAGCGCUUCGGAUGGUGGGAAGAGAAACUUUUCUUGGAGAGCUGAGCAGCAGCUGGAUUCGCGCACAGCAGAGCAGGUUGGGUGCUGACUAUAGCAGACUUUAGGACGGAGGUGUUUUUUCCUCUGCUCCUCCCCCCCUCUUCUCUCCAACUGUGCCAGCCCUAAACCCACAGAGCACUUUCCCCAGCGCCGGCUGUGUGGCGGUGACGCGGCGAACCAUGGACAACAGGCCUGUCCGGAGAAGGCGAACCGGUGCCGUGCGACAUCUGCUGCUGGCAGCCGCCUUCCUCGCCUGCAGCUCCCAACUGCUGGUGGUGGACGCCAACUCAUGGUGGUCACUAGCUCUGACCCCGAUCCAGCGGCCAGAGAUGUACAUCAUUGGAGCUCAGCCUCUCUGCAGCCAGCUGUCUGGUCUCUCUCAGGGCCAGAGGAAGCUGUGCCAGCUGUACCAGGACCACAUGGUCUACAUUGGAGACGGAGCCAAGACGGGCAUCAAGGAGUGCCAGUACCAGUUCAGGCAGAGGAGGUGGAACUGCAGCACAGUGGACAACACAUCUGUGUUCGGGCGGGUCAUGCAGAUUGGCUCCAGGGAAACAGCCUUCACCUACUCCAUCAGCGCGGCAGGAGUGGUGAACGCCAUCAGCCGGGCGUGCCGUGAGGGCGAGCUCUCUACCUGCGGCUGCAGCCGUGCCGCUCGACCUCGAGACCUGCCCCGCGAUUGGCUGUGGGGUGGCUGCGGCGACAACGUGCACUACGGCUACCGAUUUGCCCGGGAGUUCGUGGACGCCAGGGAGAGAGAGAAGAAUUACCCGCGCGGUUCGACUGAGCACGCCCGAACACUGAUGAACCUGCAGAACAAUGAAGCAGGGAGACAGGCAGUCUAUAACCUCGCAAAUGUGGCCUGUAAGUGUCACGGCGUCUCAGGUUCCUGCAGUCUGAAGACCUGUUGGCUUCAGCUGGCCGACUUCAGGCGUGUCGGGGAGUUCCUGAAGGAGAAAUACGACAGUGCGGCUGCCAUGCGCAUCGGACGCAAGGGCAAGCUGGAGCUGGUAGACAAGCGCUUCAACACCCCAACCCCGGACGACCUGGUCUACAUCGACCCCAGCCCCGACUACUGCCUCCGCAACGAGACCACGGGCUCUCUGGGCACGCAGGGGCGCCUCUGCAACAAAACCUCAGAGGGCAUGGACGGCUGCGAGCUCAUGUGCUGCGGCCGAGGGUACGACCAGUUCAAGACCUACAAGCACGAGCGCUGCCACUGCAAGUUCCACUGGUGCUGCUACGUCAAGUGCAAGCGCUGCACAACACUCGUGGACCAGUUUGUGUGUAAAUAGCACUGGAAAGCGGGAUGAGAGAGGAGGAGAGGGAGAGGAGAUAGAGAGGGAGAUGGUGGAGGGUGAGGGAUCGGAGAAAAGGAGGAUGAUCUUUCAGGGUUUUGUUCGGGAUAAGUUGAGACACAAAAGUUCUAUUUUCUGAUCAGUUUCCUUCUCUCCCCCACAUAUAAACCUCCUGCUUUUUCACAUCAACAGCAAAAGCUGCAGCACCUGUGUGGGCAUUUUUAGCACAAAGAUUUAGAGAUAGAUAAAUAGGGAAAGAACAGAUGGAUGAAAAGAUAGAAAGCAAGGAAGAGUGCGAUUUCUUCCGUGCUUUAACAAUUCUGAUUGUUUUUCUCACUGCUCCAUCGUCACUUUCUGCUGUCCUGUAUAAUAUCCUGAUCACAACCCUGAAGGAAGGAGGGAUGGAAAGAAGGAAGGAUGGACAAAGAAGGACAUUAAGGAUAAAUGGACCUAGAAAGAGGAACAACUGGAUCCUAAAAGGGGGGCGGACACAUGUGACGAGUGUGAUAAAGAUAUGAGAGAAGAAAUAAAUAUAUAAUUAAAUAAUAAAUAAACAUACAACUGUUAUUUAAAGAGACUCAAACAAACCUAAGGCACAGUUUGGACCCAUGAAACUCAGUCCUUUUGGAGAUUGAAGCCAUUUGAGUGUUGAAUAAUGUCACCAUGACUCUUUUCAAAGAACUUUUGACCUUUAACCCUGCGAGAGGAACGAUUGCAUAUGUGACUUUCCCUAACGUUGCACAAACAAACUUGCAAGAGAACACCAGGAAUGCAGAAAAAUGUCCAGACUGAACCAGAGGGAUGAGAGCGAGAGGAGGAAUCACUUACUGAGGGUCGAGGGAAAAAAAGGGAAAAAGUUCAACUUUGGACAAUUAUUUUGCAACAAAAACUUAGAAGACAGUUUCACACACCACACAGCUAAUUGGGAAACUCAAGCACAGAUGUGUCCAGCUGUAGAAAAUGCAUUUAAAAGUGGAGUUAAAACACUUCAAGUCAAAAAGGACGAAUGACUUUCAGGACACACUCUGUCCAUUUGUCUCAGUGUAACUACUGCUGUUAGAGCAGAUUCCCAGCACCUGUGAGCUGACAAGUGUGUCUGUGCAGGUUAAUGAGGCCAGAUUGCAGCCAUCUUGACAACCGCAGCCAUUUAAAACAAGCUGCGACCUUCAUCUGACAAUGAAGUGAGCAAAACCUCCAUUAGUGUGAUUAAUGUGCUGUAUCUGUUUUAAUGAACCCGCACUAAGAGACACGUUCACUGCGAGUGGACCUCUUCAUCUCAUGUUGUUAUGCAACUUGUUAAGUCAACAAAAAGCCCUGUGGUGUCGAUUUGGCAGUUUUUGCCACCAAUUUAACAUUUUAUAAUACUGUUAUACCAUGAAUUUUGCAAUUUGUAUGGGUUGGGUUGAGAAUAUUGUAAGCGUAUAAUGUAAUCCAAUCGAUAGACGCAAACAUGAAGAGGACAAGUGGACAGAAGAGGACUGAACAUGCUGCGGAAAAAAACUGAAUGUGUGAGCGUGGAAAAACAGGACUGCAAUUUAUUAUGUGCUACUUUAAAAAGAAGUAGUAGAUCAGAAAAGAAGGUAUAUUUUAUUAUUGUUUUUCAUUUUCUGUUUUCUAUGUUUUAUACAUGAGUAUUAUUGUGUAUUCUUUUGAUAAACUAGUCUUCGACAA